UAGCCCAAUAGGUCCCAGCGUCCUUCGCGCUCCCACCGUACAAAAACAUGGCGGCGCUCAGGAGCCCUCCCCGAUCCCAGAAUGCACCGGAGAGUAAGCCCAGCCUUUCUGCUGGUCAGGAAGAUGGCAGCCUCUAGCGCAGAGCCGCAAUUCCUGGUGCAGUACUUGGUGCUACGAAAGGAUCUAUCGCGGGCUCCGUUCUCCUGGCCAGCAGGCGCCUUGGUAGCGCAGGCUUGUCACGCAGCCACCGCGGCCUUGCAUAUUCACCGCGAUCACCCACACACGGCGGCUUACCUCCAGGAGCUGGGGCGCAUGCGCAAGGUGGUUCUCGAGGCCUCAGAUGAGAACACUCUAAAGGAGCUGGCUGAGACCCUGCAGCAGAAGAACAUCGACCACGUGCUGUGGCUGGAGCAGCCAGAGAACAUCGCCACUUGCAUUGCACUACGGCCCUACCCCAAGGAAGAAGUGAACCAGUAUUUGAAGAAGUUACGAUUAUUCAAAUGACUACUGUUACCAGUUGCUUUGCUCAGCUGGACCCAGAACAGCAAGCGAUCCACCCCUAAGCAUCAUGUACUUUGAAUGUCAACUUGCUCUUCCCUUUAAGUUAUGACAGUUUCUUGAGGGUCAAGCACAUGUUCAUAUGAAAGUUGUCAUUAAUAAAUACUUCCUCUUUCUGUUCAGGUGGGGAAAGUAGGUGAGCAGCAAUAUGGUCUACAGGUCAUUGCUUAACUGGAAAAUUUUGUUAGACUUUUAUACAGGGGUCAUGGAAGCUCCCUCGCUCUCAGUGGGUCAUGCAUUGAGGUGACCUGUCAAUCCUUUAAAGCUUGAAAUGACCCUAAAAUCCAGCCGUGACCACCAGGUGCACAAAUAAUGGGACAGGAAAGAAGAGCCCAAGGUUGUUUUUCCCCUAUGUAAUAACAAUACUUUUAAUUUUGUUCAUGAAUAAAUUCAUAUAUAGUUAAGAAGUGUCUCUUAAAGUUUAAAGUACCAUCAUUGUAUGAUUUGAUUUUUCAAGUCUUAGGAUUUCACUAAAUGCUAUUACAUGCAGAACAUCAGAAUCUGUCUUUACCCAUAACAGCUUCCUAAGCCUCAGGCCUACAAAUGCUCUUUUUACUUCAGAGUCCUGCUAGUGCAAACUUCAAACUUACUCCCUUCUCUACUCAUUCAAAACCCAGCUCCUCCUGACUUAAUGAUAACCUAACAUUUAUUGAGUACAUGCUGUGUGCCAAGGACUAUGCUAAGUGGCUUAUAUACAUUACCCUGUUUAAUCUUUACCAUGACCCUAUGAGGUAGGUACUUUUAUUAACAGCAUUUUGCAUGUCGGGAAACUGAAGCACAAAGAGAUUAGAUAUCUUGCUCCAAAUCAUAUAAUUAAUGGUGAGUCAGGACUGAAACCCAGCCAGUCUGCG